AUGCCUCGAAGAAGACGCCAGGAAUCCGACGAGGAGGAAGAGGAAGAGGAGCUCCAGGCUCUUCCCAGUGAUGAGGAUGAAGAGGAAGAAGAAUACGAAGAUUCUGAACUCGACGACGAAGAAGAGGAAGAGGACGAAGAGGAAGAAGAGGACGGAGAAGGAGAAGAUGAAGAAGAGGCCGAAGAACCACCUGCGAAGAAGCGCAAGGCUGAUGCCGACGAAUCCGAGCCUGCUACUAAGAAGAGCAAGACUGAAGAGAACGGCGCUGACGAGGAGGAAGAUGCUGCAGGAGAUGACGAAGAUGAGCCAGAGCAAGAGGAUGAUGAGCCUGCAGUCAAGACAAAGGUCAUCAAGGGCUCGGAGAGCAAGACAACCGCAGUCGAGGCAGAGGCGGAGACACUCGAUGCUGAAGAUUAG